CCUUUGAGAUGUAACUCUGACUUGUGUUCUAACGUGGUUUACUUAUUUACCUGUCCUUGCUGCCAAGCUCGGUACGUGGGAUCUACCUCACGAUGGUUACGACACCGCAUCCUUGAACACAAAGGCAAAUCCUUCAGGACUGGCCUUCCGCUGAGCAAACCAUCUUUCUCGGCAAUAAGAGAACACUCUCAUCUCCACUCACACCCUUUCUCCAACACAGAUUUCACUAUUUUAUCUAGCCAUUCCUCCCGCCCAGACCUUAUCAUCUCGGAAUCUUUACUCAUACAGAAGAUGAAACCCGAGCUAAACAAUACAACUACCGCAACAACCUUGUUUACCCAAUAGCCCUUCCCCCCCUCACCAACACACACUCUGUUUACUGAUGAUGGAGGUCUAGUUAUACCUUUGAAACGUCUAAAUAAAGAUGAAAUUCUUCACGAGUGUGUUAGUAUACCUCUUCAUACUAACUAUACGACACCUGAGCGGCAAACCUAUCACAGAAUAUAUCAGAAACAAAUAUGGCAGGACGACACUCAACACCUUCAGAAGAACCGAGAAGCUUUCCUACCGCUUGAAAAAGCUACAGAAAGAUAUCCGCUUCCUCAACCUUUGUAAAAAUUAUGAUGUAAUUCCUAAAUUCGUCAAUUUCCGUGUUCAUAACCCCUUGUUUACACAGACCCAGACUUAUCGUUCUUGGUGUCGUGUACUUCUGAACCGGGAAAUAUCCUUGCAAACAAAAAAAGAAACUGUAACAACUAAAAAACUUAAUACCCAUGUAUCUCUGUUGAAAACUGCACUAUCACCUCUGGACUUCAUUUGUAUUUCAAGAUUAAUCAAAAGUAAUGUAGACAAUAAACUACAAAAAGUUGAUACCAUCCAUAAUAAAAAACUUUUGAAUCUAGGUAUUGAUGUUAAAAAGAAAGUGAAUAAGGAUAAAGUUAUUUUCAAUUUCUCCGACAAAAUUCUCACUGAGGAACAGAAAAAUGUACUAUCUCUGGGCCUAGAUUACUGUUUGCCCCCUACCAAAAUAACCUUUCACAAAUUUUAUAUGUACUUUGAAAAAUUGUGUUAUAAUCUCAAAACCUGUAAUAUCUAUAAAAACAAGUUUAGCAAUGUUACCAACAAUAUUACCACGAUAGCCAACACCACUUUCACUAAAUUCACACGUCAGAUUAAACAGGCACGUGAUUCAGAAACACUCAUGUCCCCUCUACAGUCACUUAAGAAUGACAAGACAAUACUAAUUACCAAACCAGACAAAGGACGGGGCAUUGUCAUUUUAAACAAGUGUGACUACAAACAAAAGAUCUUAAACAUUCUUAGUGACCAAUCAAAAUUUAAACGAAUCACUACUGAGGUAUCAAUUCACCUAUUAUACCUAGAAGAUAAGUUAAAAAGACUUCUGCGCACCAUCAAAACAUCCAUUAACGAAAAUACUUACAAUUUUCUUAUGACUUCUGGCUCCAGACCUGGCCUACUCUAUGGACUUCCCAAAGUCCAUAAACCUAACAUUCCCCUAAGACCCAUUAUUUCUUCAAUUGGUACUUUCAACUAUAAUACAGCAAAAUUUCUGGUUCCUAUCAUAUCCCCGCUCACCACCAAUCAGUACACGAUCGAAAAUUCUACCACCUUUGUAAACGAAAUCACAUCCCUUAAACUUCAACAACCCAUUACCAUGGCAAGUUUUGAUGUUGAGUCAUUGUUUACUAAUGUUCCUCUUCAUGAAACCACAGACUUAAUAGUUAAUAAUCUAAACAGUACACAUCUCAAUGAAUUUGGUCUAUCAAAAGCUAACUUUAAAAAAUUACUAGAGAUUGCAGCCCAUUACUCGGUCUUUACAUUCGACGAUUGUUUAUUCAGUCAAACAGACGGUGUAGCGAUGGGUUCCCCAUUAGGCCCUUCCUAUGCAAAUUCAUUUCUUUGCUAUCACGAACAGAACUGGCUUGAACAAUGCCCGCCUGAAUUCAAACCCAUUCAUUAUCGUCGAUACAUCGAUGAUACCUUUCUUCUUUUUAAACACCCCUCACACGUAAACCUUUUUCUAAACUAUCUAAACUCGAAACACCCGAGCAUCAUGUUUACCUGUGAGAUGCAGAAAAACAACCAAUUACCAUUUUUGGACACGCUAAUUACCCACAACAAUGGCACCUUCCAUACAAGUAUUUACCGAAAGCCAACCUUCACUGGCCUCGGACUUCACUUUCUUAGCUACAUCCCAUACGUGUACAAAAUUAACAGCAUUAAAACUCUAAUGACUCGAGCAUAUAACCUGUGUAGCAACUGGUCAACCUUUCAUGACGAAAUGAACUUUCUGAAAGAAUUCUUUGCAAAUAAUGGGUACCCAUUGUUUUUAUUUGAUAAAAUUUCCAAAACCUUUCUUUGUAGAAGAUUCUCAAACCGACCCAUGGCCCCUACUGUUAAAAAAGAUCAUAAAUACGUUAAACUACCAUACAUGGGUAGUUUAAGUUUUGAAAUCAGGAAGCAACUAAAAUUACUGUUACUAAACAAUUACCCCCAAAUUAAAUUCACUUUUGUCUUCACUAACACUAACAAUAUAGCCAAUUUUUUAAAACAACCUUUGAGAUGUAACUCUGACUUGUGUUCUAACGUGGUUUACUUAUUUACCUGUCCUUGCUGCCAAGCUCGGUACGUGGGAUCUACCUCACGAUGGUUACGACACCGCAUCCUUGAACACAAAGGCAAAUCCUUCAGGACUGGCCUUCCGCUGAGCAAACCAUCUUUCUCGGCAAUAAGAGAACACUCUCAACUCCACUCACACCCUUUCUCCAACACAGAUUUCACUAUUUUAUCUAGCCAUUCCUCCCGCCCAGACCUUAUCAUCUCGGAAUCUUUACUCAUACAGAAGAUGAAACCCGAGCUAAACAAUACAACUACCGCAACAACCUUGUUUACCCAAUAGCCCUUCCCCCCCUCACCAACACACACUCUGGUUAGUUCUUUACUUUUCUGGUUAUUAUAGUUUCUUUCAUUUGUAUAUAUGAUAUCAUUCUAUUUAUAUAUUGUUUACAUUUUUGUGUGUCAUUAUUUCUAUGUAUAUUUUGUACUUAUUCUUUCCCACUUACGUAUUUAUAAUGUGUUUUUUGAACCCAAUUUUGUAUCAAUUAUUGUCUAACUGACUUUUUUAUUUGGU